AUUUUUAGGGUUUAGAGCAAGAGUAACCAACCAACGGACUAAGGUUUAUACUUGACACUCUUGAGUCGCAAACCCAGAAACCCUAAACCCUCCAAAUUCGCAUCCUCUUCUUCUCUAACAGAAAUCCCUCUCAUACAUACUCAUUCAGGGAGAAAGAUCGAAAAUGGAGCCGAGAUUAGCCAAUACAUGGCGUUUAACAGUGAACGAGAAGAAAUUCAUCGAGACCGCUCUGCAAUCGGACCUCCGAAUAGACGGUCGUCGCCCUUUCGAAUACCGAAAAAUCUCCAUCAAGUUCGGCAGAGAAGACGGCUCGACGGAAGUGCAGUUGGGUCAGACCCAUGUGAUGGGCUUUGUGACUGCCCAGUUGGUCCAGCCAUACAAGGACAGACCCAACGAGGGCACGCUCUCCAUCUUCACCGAGUUUUCUCCCAUGGCCGAUCCUUCAUUCGAGCCGGGCCGUCCCGGAGAAGCUGCAGUGGAGUUGGGACGUGUAAUAGACCGCGGUCUAAGGGAAAGCAGGGCGGUGGAUAUGGAAUCACUUUGUGUUAUUUCUGGGAAGUCAGUAUGGUCGGUCCGUGUUGAUCUCCACAUUCUAGAUAAUGGGGGAAACCUUAUUGAUGGUGCUAAUAUUGCUGCUUUAGCGGCUCUCAUGACAUUCAGGAGGCCUGAAUGUUCAUUAGGAGGAGAAGAUGGUCAGGAAGUGAUAGUGCACCCACCUGAGGUAAGGGAGCCACUUCCUUUAAUAAUACAUCAUCUCCCUAUAGCAGUGACAUUUGCGUUUUUCAGUAACGAGACCAGUGUGGUGAUAGACCCAACCCACUAUGAAGAAGCUGUUAUGGGGGGACGAAUGACUGCUACACUUAAUGCAAAUAAUGAUAUUUGUGCCAUUCAAAAAGCUGGCGGUGAGGGUGUCUUGCAAAGUGUAAUCAUGCAAUGUUUGCGAAUUGCUGGUCAAAGGGCUCAUGAUAUAACUACCAAGAUAAAAAACGCGGUUGAAUCAUACAACACGGAAAGGGCAUUAAGGAAGAUCAAGCGCCAUUCCAAUUCUGUUUCUUUAGAUGUCUGUGAUGCUGAUGUUGAUGUAGUCAGUGAGAGAUCAAAGCUGAUACCUGGGAAAAGCAUAGCUGAUCAGAGUAUGGAUAUAGAAGGUGAAACCAAAUCAUCUAAACAAGGGCAAACUAGCAGGAUAGACGGAGAUGCUAAGAACUUCAUUGGAGGACCCUCAAGUUGGGAUCCGUACGCUGGGGGUGUCAAUUUGGAUUCCCUGAAAGCUUCUCUAGCUUCACGCGGCACAUCAACACCAAGUAGGAAGGAAAAAUACUCGAGGGGAGAGAAUAUGUCAUGUGAAGCUGACCCAGUUGAACCACCCGAAGAUAAUAGUUUAGCUUCUUCACCUAUUGAGGCGGCCAAAACUCCUUUGGGGACAAAUGGAGAGAAAACGUUGAAGGAUGCUGUGAAGUCCAAGAACAAGAGAAAAAAGAAGGCAUCCUCUGCUGGUGGAAGUUAGAUGAACUUCUGUCACUAGCAUAUACUGGGUCAGCUCACUUCGAACUUACAGAGGGCAAUUCUAGUUCAAACUCUCAAGACUUAGAAGACAUGCGGUGUGAUUGAAACGAGCAGGAGUCAGAAGCAAUGGAAGUGAAGAUGAUCACUGCACCAAAGGUUUGGCUUGAGUAAUGUACCAAGAUCUAAGUUGUUCUACAUUGACAAAUGGAUCAACAAUUGCUUUAUCUCCUCCCAUUUUUGACCAAAGUUACUAAGUUGUAAAUUAUUAAGUUACUUCUUAGGGGAAGGCAUUUAGGUUUGCACCCUAUAGUGGAUCAUUAGGGCUUCUUUUUCUUUUUCUUUUUUCUUUUUCUUUUUUUUCUUUUUUUUCAUUAUAUCCAAUUGUACACCAAGAUGCUACUGAGAUAAUUUAUUUUUGUUAAUGCACAGAAAAUGAGGUAAACUAGAAUAUCUAGAAUAUCU